AUGGGCAACCUGGCGGGGACGUACCGGAAUCAAGGCCGAUGGAAGGAGGCCGAAGAGCUGAAGGUGCAAGUGAUGGAGACGACAAAGAGGGUGCUUGGCACAGAGCAUCCAUCCACGCUGACUAGCAUGGGCAACCUGGCGGAGACGUACAAAGCGCAGGGUCGGGAUGCAGAGGCUAUCAGUCUACUGAGGGAGUGUGUACGGCUCCAAAGGUGGGUGCUUGGAAGGCCCUGCGGGACGAAGAUGGGAACAUUGAUGAGGGGGUUCUUCAGAUUUGGAGGAACGAGGAUUCUCGGAAGCACCUGA